ACCUCAAUUCAUAGUAUUUCUCACUUCCGGCCUCGUGAAUUCUCCCUGUUUCUCAUGUUUUCCAUGCUGCAAGUUUACAGGCUUGUAUUCCUGAGUAUGGCCGAGAGCGCUCCAUUGCAUACAGGGUAUGAUUUUCCAAUGAUUUGCUAGUCACAUUUCCAUAAAUGUUUUUGACUUAGUUGGAGCAAGAGACCUGAUAAAAAAUUGCAACUGGAACAAAUUGCAGACAAGGCGAUGUAAGAGUCUUAAACCGCGUCCUAAGUUAGACUUCGUUUAAAUAACCGACCCGCAGUGGACAAUCUAAAUGAGCAACUGUGUUUUCAUUCGUUAGAGUUGACUGGCCGUAAAAUACAGUAAGAGGGAAAGGACUGAAGAAUUAUUAAGAAGGACGUGGCAAGCGAAACGAGCUGCGAGAGUGCGGGCUAGGCCGGGGUGACUGAAGAUCUCGACCUCUUCCUGUUUAUAAUACCCGCACUAUCUUUUCCUCAUUAGAAAUUAAAGAUCAGGAUGAGCUUGAUUGUAAUAACGUGUUUGGUUUAUCCUUACUAGAAAGCACAAGUUAGUUUCCAAAUUCAGCGAUGUUACUAAAGUGUCCGCAAAAGACAGCAAAAUAAAAAAGCUAGAGGUAAGGUGUAGUGUCUUUGAAUAAUCGCAAUCUUUGAAGUCUUUCAAGAGUCCCUAUGCAUGUAAUAUUAAGCGCUAACAUGAUUACGCCAGCUUCACUUACAGACCAUUACUUUGUAUAGGAUAUAGGGUUAACGGCGUUGACUUCAAAUAAAGACGAUUCAGACUCAUGACUGAGGCAUGUUUCAAACGUUGUGCUACUGCCGUGCUAAGUUGGCUCUACUAUAGCUCGACUGCAGCAUGACACUAGCACGACUUGGUUUCAGACGUCAAAUUUAAUUCAGUCGAAUAGAACAGCUGUUGCCGAAAACAAAACACAAAAAUAAAGAAACGAUUAAGCAAACUUUAAAUGUAUUCUAAUGUAUUCAUAAUUUAUGAAUUGACUUCGGCACAGAAGUGGCACGGCAUUAGCGCGACGUUUGAAACCAAGUAGAGCUACUGCCGUGUAGCACGGCAAAGCUUGCCAUGCUACACGGCAGUAGCACGACUUGGUUUCAAACGUCGCACUAAUGCUGUGCUAAAGUUGAGUUUGAUUCGGUCAAUUUAGUUCUGCACGGCAGUAGCACGACGUUUGAAACGGGCCUGACACUCUGACAGACAUUUAAGGGCUACUAUUAAUGCACCUAUCAAUGUAAACCCUGGGGUGGGGGGGGAGUGUGGGGCAUUAGGCGGGGAUUUGAUGAAAAAUCCAUCCCCUGGGUGUCCUGCAUACACUGUAUAUGUAGGGCUGGGGGUUAAAUUGAUUCCCCAGUCAGUUUCUGUGCUGGUGAACAACUGUCUGUGUGUGUUUGGUAUUAGACCUUAAGUCUAGUGGCAUUGCACUCACCCUGCUGGGGCCCGGCCAUUCACCUCAAAUCCCAAAAAUCACCAAAAGGUGUGCUGUUUGAUAUGGUGCAGUUUUCAUUUCCUACUUCGGGACCAUCUUAUAACUUUGCUUCUUUUGCAUGUACAUGUAAACCUCUGAGGUAAAGGUGACUCUUUAUGCUAUUUAAGCAAUAGAAGACGUUUUCCGUGUUUGCAUAGCCUGAUAUAAACACAAAAGGGGUUGGGAGAAUUCGAGACAGUUAUGCAAACCCGAGGCGAAGUCGAGGGUUUGCAUAACCGUCGAGAAUUCUCCCAACGCCUCGAGUGUUUAUAUCAGGCUAUGCAAACACAGAAAAAAAGUGUUCUAUUGCUUUUAUAAAAUAACUUUCCCGAGAAAAAAACGCAAAACUCUUUGUAUGGGACUGCUGAUUAAAAGACAAAUUCUUACCAGUCGCAAAAUCUUGUCCACGAAGUCUUGCACGCGUAAUCAGUUCUUCUGCAAAAAGAUGCUUUGCAAAAUACGGAUUUUUCUUGCUUAAAACGGUCAUCUUAAGCAAAGAAAAAUGUACACACCUUCUUUGUAACGAUUUUCCAAGUUUCAGCCGACGAAGGAAUGGGUAAAUAAAGUAAACUUUUUGAGUUUUGAACUCGAAAACUUUUUCAAAUUUGUGCUUGCGUGAUUAGCGCGCGAAAAAUCAAACAACUUGACGCCACAACCAUGUUUACAUACUCUCAUGCAAACACUCCUGUCGGCCAAUCAGAGCGCGCGUACUAUCUUAGUUAUUUUAUAAUGAAAUAUUUAAUAGAAGCACAAAGUCUUUUACAUAUGAAUGGAAUACAUAAUUAUAUCAGGAGCUGAGAUAAGUUUCACUUAUUUUUGAAGAUAAUUAAAAGAAAGAGUUUUACAUAACAGUGGUUAGAAAACAUGUGAAGUGGAGUGUUGCUUAUUAUGGAGAGAAAAUGUAGGGGUACACAUCAUGUUUCCUCAUAAUAGAGAUAACUUAAAUCAGGUUUGUGACAUUCAUCAUGAAAGGUAUAGGCCCCUGGGUGGGGAUUUUUAGCUAUAAUUAUGUGAUGUUUGUACCCUCCCCACCCACGAGAAAUUGUCCAAAAUUUUUUCUUUUUGUUCAAAUCCCCACCCUUUGCCCACGCUCCCCACUCUCACGGGGUUUACAUUGAUAGGUGCAUAAUGUGCCCUCUUGAAAUGAUGGCUUCCUUCAAUUAAGCACCCAAGUUGCAACGGAAUUCACAGUCUAUUGUAUAAAGGUAAAAGUCAUUGAGAUGAGGGGAGAGAGGGGAGAGGGGAAGGGAGUUCCAAACCUCCUGCCUCCCCUAUCUUGCUAUUGCCCAUUGUUUUCUUGGCUUUCUCCCUUUAGCCCUUUUUUGAUUGCAAAAUAUUAAGUAUAGUAAUGUGUGUUUUCCCCCUAUUUCUCCCACUUCCCACCCUUUUAGAACUCCCACUUGUUGCCUUUUCUUCUCCUGUCCCUAUUCUCCCAGGCUUCCCCCCCCCCCGCCCCUUGUCCCUACUCCUAAUAAUGUGCUGUCAAUAUUAACUCGGGCAGCACUAAAACAUGGAAUCCGGAAUCCGGAAACGGAAUCACGGAAACGGAAACGGAAACGGAAACGGAAACAGAAACGGAAUACGGAAUCAAAUAUCAAUGACAGAAAAUUAAAGAAUUUCACAUUACACAAUUUAGUACAAUCCAAAGAGAAUUUGUCUUAGUUUUCUUGGCAGUUCCCUUAAAUACCGUAAAAUUCCCAAAAUAAGCCCCUCCAUGUAUAAGCCCCUCCAAAAAUAAGCCCCCCAAAAAGGGCCUUUGAAAAAUAUAAGCCCCUGGGCUUAUUUUCAGAAAUUUACGGUACAUUCUUGUUAUUGUGUCUUGAUAAGGUUUGCCGUAGUGUGGGUUACUGCACUGCAAGGCCGAUCAAAGUAAUUUUACGAGUAAUUUUUAUUCACAAGUUCAUGGGUUGAAUAAUACAGUGAAAUAUUACUUUUGUGGCUAAUUGUCAAGAAUAGUAGUAGUUAGCCUCAGACCACACCACGUGAUUGUCCCCAAACUGAAUACGCCAAACAUGACCGACCGGUGACGUGACCACAGUUCCGGUGUUUUAGCAAUAAGUUCAACUUUUUCGCCAAGCUGAAUACUGAUGGAAUACUGGUGUACCGGUAAUUGAGUUUACGUGGACGUCCGUAUUUUUGUUGAAGAGGCUUAUUAAACAUGGCGCAUUAUUUUGAUGUAAUCGGUUGCGGAAUCAAGCAAAUGCAUGCACAAUUCUCUCUUCUCUUUGGACUCCACAAUGCCAUGGUUCUCUUGAGUAAGUUGUCUUGAUAAAUAAAACUGAACACUGUUGAAGACAACCCAGAAAAGACACUAAGAAAAACUUGACGGCGACGCCUUUCAGUUAUAUAAACGACGCCUCUGACGAUUCAAACGAAGUCUGUCUCCAUAUAACUUACCUUUUUCUAAAAUGGCACUAGUUUUUGUCAGUAACGUUUUUCUCCUCGCUUUGCUGUCCCAUGAGAAUUUGCAUUUAUUGCCAAUAGUGGUAUCAAGCGUCUUUUCACCGGAAUCGACUCCUCUAGUGAUACAGCAGUCUCCUCUUCUGUUCUCAGCUAAUUUAUUCAUUUGUGUCUUUUUUUUUAUCUGUUUAUUUAUUUUAUUGUCAUUGCUAAUAUAUAUUUUUUCAAAUCGAUCGCUUGGAACCUUCUUUCACAGAUUCCGUAUCCGUUUCCGUUUCCGUUUCCGUGAUUCCGUUUCCGUUUCCGGAUUCCGGAUUCCAUGUUUUAGUGCUGCCGUAUUAACUCUGCUCAUAAUAGAAGUGUCUGAUGAAUGGCUAUGACAGUAAGAGUAUUUACAGGAGUAACAAUAAUAAUUGUUUGUCUUUUCCAAUAGGGUUGGAUAUUAAGUAAUAACAAUGAUAAAUAGUAGGUUUUUAUGGUGCAUAAUUUUAAAGAAUCCUCAAAGCGCUUACAAUAGUAAAUAAAGUCUAAAUGAAACUCUGUAUAGUAGUUAUUCCUAAGGUUUCAAACGUUGCUUAAAAGUAGAAACAAAUUCAGAGUUUUUGAUAUGAUCAGGUAGACUGUUCCAGAUUAUCAGUGCAUAAUAGGAAAAUGAGUGGUGUCCAUAAGCCACGGUAUUAACAGAAGGAACUUGUAAAAGUAAUCUAUUAGAUGAGUGGAGUAAAUGAGCUGGCUGGUAUUUGAGAAGGAGUGAAGUCAAAUACUAAGGAGCUAAAUCAUUUAAAAUUUUAAAUGUUAAAAGCAAUAUUGUAAAAUCGAUGCAUGCACCAAUAGGAAGCCAGUGCAAGUCUUUCAUGACAGGAGUUACAUGGUCAGAUCUUAUUCCUGAAACCAAGCGUGUGGCACAGUUCUGAACACGUUGCAGCUUGUCUAUUUCUCGCUUGGGUAAGCCACAGAAUAAAUAAACUGUGUAAGUGUAAUAAAAACAACACAUAUACAGUGUUCUACUUCAUUCAUGUUUCUUCCUCUUUAAAAAUGUUUUUAAUUAGGUUGUUGGCACUGAAGCAUCAUAUAAGUUGACUGAAAGGACUGGGAAUUUAUUUUCAUGCCCUGAUAGUGAAUCGCUUGCUCACUGCAUCAGUGCGGAUGUCAGAAUGGGAAAAGGAAUAGCUGUUUCCUUUAAGACAAAAUUUGGGGGUGUGGAUGAGCUUAAAUCACAAGGUACUUUUAACAUUGUAAUUUAUUUUAACUUAUCUAUCUACACUGACAGUAGCACAAUUUUCAGUGUCAUACAGUGGCUGGGAACCUUUAUCUGGGGCUAUAUAACCACAAGCUCUUUGCCCCUGAUUACAACCCUACAAAUUAUUUAGGCCCUCAUUUCUGCUGUUAAAACAAUUUUCCUUUAAAUAACAGCACCACCAGCAAACAGGCUGUUUAAACCAACAUAAAGGGUGUACCCUUUUGGCUUUUGGACAAAGAGAAAAGGCUAAGGUAAUGGACCUCUCAGUCGGGGGAACAAAUCAAUGUUAUGCCUAAUAAUUAUAAAACUUUGUUGAGUAUCACCAAGAAAAUAUCAAGCAACAAGUCUGCCUGAUAGUAGUGUGCCAUUUGUACAAGGAAAAAUAAGGGAGAAACAUAAAAUUAUAUCUUGUUCAUAACUGACAUUAUGGUCUGUUGAACAUGUCUCAUUUUUCUCAAGUGUAAGUAUAAUCUCAACUUAAUGUGGCAAUAGUAAAUAAUUAAGAUGCAGUCGUAGCCUGAUCACUGCAAACAGGUGAGUCAGGUCAGUUUAAGGCAUCAUACCAUUACAAUAAAAUCUUUUCAACUGCAUUCAGUGUACUGAAAUUGCUACCAAUAUUUUUAAUUUUAAAUUUUAGGGCAGAAACCAGGAGGUGUGGCAAUUCUAAGAAGAGGAAACAGACAUAUCUACUAUCUGGUUAGCAAAUUAAAUACAGCCGAACCUACAUGUACGAGCAGCCACCUCCCACAAGCGACCGCCUAUCCAAAACACCAAACUUUCCCAGUCAAAGACUUACAGUUGAACCUCUAGUAAACGACUACCUCCUAUAACCGACCGCGACCACUUUUGGGCCUGAAAGUUUAAGGAUUUUCCAUUGUUUUUAACCUACUGUUGACAACCACUCGAUGCAUUCUCUGAUCUCUACGUUCACUGUGUGCACUAUGCUACCUAGAAAUGUAUACGAAGAACUUUUGUAACAACAGGGAACUACACAUGGCGUAACUUAGAAAUUGCAUGCAAUUAAGUAUCUUCCAUAAAUUAGAUGUGCCCGGACCUCUUCUUGAUAAGGGUCCCCUGUGGUUCAAUUCUUGUAGGUGACCACCUCCCAUUAUUGACCACUAAGUAUUUGCAUUUUUGGGUGGUCGCUUACGGGAGGUUCGACUGUAAUCACUGAAUGUUUUACCUCCAAAAAUAAUUGUGAUUUUAUUAUUUUGUUUUUGAUUUUGCCGUGUAACGGUCCAUAAAAAUUGCAGAAUUUCCAGAGCUAUCAUUUGGGGACCUGGAGAUUUUUCCUAGCUACAAUGAAGUUGAAAACCGGCUACUUUGAUUCAUAGCUACAAGGAAAAUGGAACCAAAAGAAAUCCCUAGCUGUUUGAAUCCCCUCCACCUCGACAUUGUAUAUAGUGAUAUACAGCCCUGUAUUUCUGCAGAGUUGCACAUCAUGAAGUCGAUAUCUCCUUUCUGGGCCCUGCAUGAGUUUGCAAACUUUUUCAUUGCAGUUGUGCAAUUUGCAACCCAUUAAACCCCAAGUCAUUCACUAGUGACUCAUCUAGGAUUGGUGGUAGGGUGGUGAACAAACUGCUUUAUAACCACAUACAGUGAAGCUAUUUUUAAAUAAGUGUGAGGGGAUAAUAUUAUCAACUAGCUCACCCACUUAAGUGUAGCAACUCUAUUAACAUAAUUAUUAAUUAAUAAUUAUCACUCUCCUAAUAAUAAUAAUAUUAUUUUUGUUAGGUUACCAAGGAAAAAUACUUUCACAAGCCAACAUACCCAAGUUUGCAAUCAUCACUGCAAGCAAUGAAGGGUCAUUGUGUCAGUCAUGGUGUAACAAGCCUGUCAAUGCCAAUGAUUGGUUGCGGUCUAGAUGGGCUGGAGUGGCCCAAAGUACGAAACAUCAUAGAAGAAGUCUUUCAAGAUACAGAUAUCAACAUUACAGUUUAUAGUUUACCUAGAGCCAGAUGGAAAAAGACAUAAACAGUAAAAGAUGCCUUGUCUAAAGGUGUAAAUUUAAAAUGAGGAACCUUCAAGUUUACCCUUUAUGUGGCAGGUGUAAAAUGAGGAAGUUAAGGGCAGGCUGCUGGUUCUCCACAAGAUUUAAAGUAGGUGGACAGAGAACCUGCCCAGCUGUACAUGUAUGUUAGUAGCAAGCACUUUUAGGACAACCAUUAUAGUAAGUUUCACUGGUCCCAAGCCAUGCCUCUGGAGGACACUGUUAGGGUCUAAAAAAAUGACUCCUUUCCCUUAAUUUUCCUCCUUACAUUGACAGCUACCAAGGAGGCAACCCCUUAGUUCUUGUUGUAUUGAAGUAAUACAUCCAUCAGUUUAACCCUUUAAACCCUAAGAUCCAAAUUUGAAUUCUCAUUUUCAGCCCCUAUUCAUUUCCCACAGAAGUACUGGGAAGAAGUUGAUGAAAUAUCAAGCAGAUUCAUUGUGUGAUCAUGUCUGUAAUUCUCAUGACCACUCUGUUUUAUAAAGCAUUGAUAUUACAAAGAGAAAUUUGAUGUUGAUCACUCUUAGGGCUUAAAGGGUUAAGGCAUUACCUCUUUCCUGCAGGGUCCUCUCCUACUCUUCUCCAGACUGGGGAGAGAGAGUAGGAGAGGACCCUGGGAACAAGGUUGAGUUUAAUUUAAGUGUGUGAACAAAGAUUUCUUGUUACUUCCUUCUGGGAAGUGGAAAGAGUUAGCUGACUUCUACCAAACUAUUCAAAUCCAUCAAGUUAAUAUUAUAUUUUGAAAUUUCAGCGAGAAAAUAAGGGGUAAAGGUACAUUCAACUGGAACAUUCAACCAUUUUCAUGAUGGUUAUU